AUGGACAACCGAUCGAACUCGUUGAUAUGUUCUGUUACCUGGACUGUACUGAACACCAACGGCAGCUGCAGGAUAUGGAAUAGCGACGAAUGGAUUGAUUCUGUGCAAGCUCUCGCUGAAGAUCGAGAAAGUUGGGCAGAGCUAUUUUCAGGGACGGCACACCUCGGCGAAGAUGUGAGUGAUCGCGUCAGGCUUAGCUUAGCCAUGACAUUAACCCGCCGAUUGAGUAAAGAUUUCGACAAGCCGCUUGCGGGAGAGUAUAAAGCCGUGUUCUACUCAUCUGAUGGAGAGAACUCUGCGACCUUCAAUGUUACAACCGGAAAUGCUCCUGAUUUCCACGACAAACCUCAUAUUGUUCAAAGGGACAAUGGAAAUGUGAUAGUAAUCAAAGUCCGGGCAAAGUCUCAUCUAGAAAUGAAGGCUGAGUGGUUUAAAGACGAUAAACCCGUAAAAUAUUCGGACCGCAUCAAAUCGGUUGUCAAAAAGGAUGAUAAGGACAAAGACGGCUUCCAGUUCCUACUGGAAAUCUACGGUCCACAGAAGGAAGAUGAGGCUAAAUACAAAUGUGUUGUGAAAAAUGCUGAGGGUCAAAAUCAGCAAUCUUUGAACCUUGUCUUCGACUAA